AUGGUAAAUGGACAAAAACCCGGCGCCGCGCUAGGACCUGCGCCAACCUCGGUGCAGGGUGCAAGUACGACUCCUGUGGCUGGAACAUCAGGAAAUGUGGUUCAACCACCGAGUGUACCAGCGAGCCAGCAGCCGUUACCAGGCCCCAGUAGGGACUUGGGGGAUGCUACCGCGCUCGCCAGCAUCACAGUAUCUUCAAGGAUCCCAGAGUUUUGGACCGACAUGCCAAGACUCUGGUUUUUACAAUUUGAAGCGGCGGUGGAGAAUCAGCGUCUGGGAGAUACAGCCAAGCAGAAUUUAGUAGUGACGAAGCUUAGUAAGCACGCGAUAAAGCAGGUGAGCGACUUACUAUUAUCACCACCGCAAAGUGAACGCUAUGAGACGUUGAAGGAAAGGCUCCUUAAGAUUUAUGAAGAGUCCGAUACACGUCAAACGCAGAAAUUGCUUGGGGAGAUGGAAUUAGGCACACAAAAGCCGUCCCAACUCCUCCGGAACAUGCGUGACCUUGCGCGAGGGAAGAUAUUGGACCAAACUCUGAUCAUCAUGUGGAACGGCCAUCUUCCACCGGCGGUGCAGGCAGUGUUGGCCGCAUCAGAGGUUACAGACAUGGAAACAUUAGCGACCAUCGCCGACAAGGUAAUGGAGGCGACGCGUCCAUUGGAGGUCACAGAAAUAGCUGCCAGCAAACAGCGACCCAAGGAGUCAUCCUCGUCAGAUUUAACAGCGAAAUUGAAUAGACUCUCAGUAGAGGUGGCGGAGUUACGGCGGGCAAGGCGUCCGCAGAGAAGUACCACACCAGGGAGAGCAGGGAGGCAGCCUUCAAGGUCGCGAGAGCGGAAUGCCAGCAGAAGCGGACGGAAGCCGGGUUGGUUAUGCUUCUACCAUUUCCGCUAUGGGGAGAAAGCCGCGAAGUGCGUUAAGCCGUGUUACUGGGAGGACCAGAAGGAAAAGGAAAACUAG